AUGAAUUCAAAAAAAUCAUCCAAACCGUUUGGAUUUGGGUUUUCACAUUCUGGAUCUGCAAAUAAAUCCAAAUCGAUUCUUGAAUCUGAAGAUCAACAGCGACAAAAGCCACCUUCUCUUGAUUACUUUUCUGACGAAGAGACACAACCCAAAAAGAGAAAAUUGAUUAAACUUGACGAUCCUUUGGAAGAACAGUUUACUACUUCAAGUAAUAAAUUGGAUGACUAUGAUUUGAACAAGGAUUAUGUUGGCAAUCUGGAGGACGAUAAACCACCACCACCUCGAACUUCAACAGGAAUUCAAGGUUUCGUGCCCCAGGGAUAUGGAUAUAAUGUUGAUAAAGAGGUUCAAAGCAGUCGAAACAUUAAGUCUGAGGUCCAAGUAAAUGCGAUGGAAGAAAAUGAUCCAUUAGACGCUUUCAUGUUGGAUAUCGAUAAUCAA